AUGUCAGGCAAUCAGAAAACCAAAGAGCGGCUUUCCAAGCGGUCCCUUACACCCAACCGACCUCUUUACGAAUCUUUCAACGAGGCUCAUCGACACAUUGCUCCUGCUACCCCCAAACUCCCCAUCGACGAAGAGUUUUGCAACGAGGAGCAACUUACCCCGGAGCAAGUCGAAGACAUCCUCCAUAGCUCCAGUACUUCCAGAGAGCUUGAGGAACAUGCCAAAACGAAAUAUUCGAAGUUGCCUAUUCCAGAAAAUCAGUCUGGCCAUGAGACCAAGUCAAUCAACCUGACAUCUUCUGCCAUCGAGUCUCAGAGUCAGACUAAGGCUACCGACCAUGGCCCUCACGAAUCCGUCUCUCCCUGCGAUUCGGACGACGAGAACGCCUUUGUCGACAGCUCCAUCUCCUCCAUCCACAAGUCCAACUACCAGAUCAACCAGCAAGGUCAUGACGACAAUCCCUUCGAAGGCCAACAAAAGACAUUCGACCACCUCGAUUCUUCCUCUUUCUAUCCGGAAGAAGGCGCUGACUAUGAACUGCCAUCUACAGAUGAAGAAUUUGCUUAUGACAAGGUCAAGCUCGAGCCCAAUUCUUCCCCAGCUCUUGCAUCGUCUCCUACCCUGCAUCCUCCUAUCGUUUCGGACUCGAAGUAUCCGUCCCCUCAGUUACCCCAAUCGCAUCUUGACGAUGUCACGAAAAAGGAGGCCACUUCCGGUCACCUCGAUUCCACCCAUCUGUCUGGACAAAACGGAACUCAGUACCCGAUCUUCAUCGACCGAGGUGUUUUACCACCUCCCUCCAUUCCUGCAACCCAGCCCUUCCCCGCUAUACAGCAUGUUUUUCAGUCUGAGUCCCAGUAUGAUGGAGACAUUUCUGAGGUUUCCAAGGACCAGUUCAUUGGCCAGAACAAAGGAAAACCCAAGGCACCCAAAGCCUCAGCGAGUCGCUUGAACCCAUUCCAUGCCUUCUCCGCCACCUCGUCCCACACCUCAGACACCAACCCUCAGCCUUCUGAACCAGAGAACAAGAAGGUCUUUCUGCGCCCCCAUGCUGAGAAGGAGGUCUCUCAAGCUCUUCAUCAUGUCACUGGACUUAGUUUGCCCUCCAGCGGUCUCAUUGUUCGUCAAGGCCUGUCGUCACGCACCUAUGAUUCACAGCAGUCACCUUACCGAACGCACGCCAUUCAACAAAAGGACGACUUCUAUCACGCCCCAGCCAUCCAGCCUGACUGGCAGAUCACACAAUCCGGCCUCAAGGUUCCUGUGUCUACAUCACACAAUGAAGAUGAGACCAACAUGCAGGCAACUGAGCCCUACAGCCCUAUCGACAACACAAGAAUGGCGACCGUGGCUUCAGGAGACACAGAGGAUCGAACCGGUCUUGAGGGCGAUGAGGACUGGCGAACUGUCACUGACGAUCGCGAAUUUCCACCUGGCACUGUUGGCCGCGUCAUGACUGGCAGCAGCAUCGCCAACGUCUCUGACGCUCUCCUUGUCCAGCACAAGCGACGUACUGCAGCAGCCCCUGCUCAACGCAGGCCCUCGGCUACUAAGGCCUGGUGGGAGUCGGGCUCUCAGAUGCCAUCCUUACCUUCUCGCUCUCCCUCUCCUACCUUUCCCGCUCCGCCUGGUCGAAUCUUCCAGCAUAGACAGCGAAGAAACCAAGGCUGGGAAGAGAUUGAGCUGGAACCCAUGCCCACUCCUUACAGAGACUUCUCCUGGCAACGCAUCCGUGCCGAGCGAGAGCAAGCUCAACAAGCCAUGGAGGCUACUCAAGCUGGUGGCAACGUGUACGCAAACCUCCCAUUCCCCUUGAUCGCCAGAGAGGACGCUGCCAGACGUCAAGCCGUCCGCCGCGCCAGUGGUCUUGAGGACCAGACUCUCUCAGGCCGCAUCCUUUCGCCCGGCCUGCCUUUGUCCUCCCAGGGUGGCAGCAGUGCCUUUCCUCUUCAAGCUAUUCGAAAGAACUCCGCACGCUCAAUGUUCUCCCGGAUUAACAACCCAAACUUUGACUGCCGCAAGUUGUCGAUGCCUGAGGUGACGGCUAGGUACCGUGCCAUGCAGGCCGUCCGACAAAUCGGCGGCCAAGGCACGGAUUCCGAGCUCGCUGACAUGGCGGCGACCGUCGGAGACCUCCCUCUCUCGGGGGUGGCGGCUCGCCGCCAGAAGGCCUUCUACAUCGCGGCCAUGGUGGCCACCUGCCUGUUUCCCUUCGUGGGAUUCGCCCUCCUCGCCUGCUCGGCGGACAAGUUGUUGGCGGGUGUGACCCGUGGAGAGUGCUCCGGCCUCUCCUUCCACCAACGGCGCAACCUGCGCAUCAUGCUGCUUGUCGGCUGUGGUGUGUGGGUUGUGUCGUUCGUGGCGGGUCUGAUCACCCUCCUCGCCCUCCGCAACUAA